UUCCCCCCAAACCCCAUUUCCUUUCCAAAAAUCCCCUUUUUUACCCCAAAAUUCCCUCAUUUUUCCCACCGAAAAUUCCGCUUUUUUUUGGCCAAAUUCCCGAUUUUUCGCCCCAAAAUUCCCGGGAUUUUUUGACUCCGCCCUCCCCGGUCCCGCCCCGCCCCAUCCCAACUCCCAGGGGGGCGUGGCCGACCCAAAAUCCCGGGAAAUUGCCCCAAAUUCGGGGUGGGGGAGGGGCGGCGGCGGCGCCAUGGAGCCCCAGGGGCUGGUGCUGGUGCUGACGGGCGGUUCGGGGUUCCUGGGCUCCCACCUGGUGCAGCUGCUGCUGGAGGCGGCGCCGGAGCUUCGGGAGCUGCGGAUCCUCGACCUCAACCCCGACCCCUCGACGGUCCCGGAGCGCCACCGUGACCGUGUCCGUCUGUUCCCCGGUGACGUCACGGCGCUCUCGGCGCUCUCGGCCGCUCUGGGCGGGGCCGGGGCCGUGCUCCACAGCGCCGCCCUGGUGGACGUUUGGGGGCGCUGCAGCCCCGAGGAGGUGGCCAAGGUCAACGUGCUGGGCACCAAGAACGUGAUCCGGGCCUGCCGGGCCGCGGGGGUGCCGGUGCUGAUCUACACCAGCAGCAUGGAGGUGGUGGGGCCCAACACCCGCGGGGACCCCUUCGUCAGGGGGGACGAGGAGACGCCGUACCCCACCCGGCACUCGGAGCCGUACCCGCUCAGCAAAGCUCAGGCCGAGCGCCUCGUCCUGGAGGCCAACGGGAAACCCGUGGCGGGCGGGGCCCGGCUGGUGACCCUGGCCCUGCGCCCCACCGGCAUUUUCGGGGAGCGGCACCCGCUGCUGGAGCUCUUCUACCGGCGGGGGAGGGGCCUGGGGGGGAGGGUGCCCCGGACCCUCCCCCACAACGCCGAACACGCCCGCGUCUACGCAGGAAACGUGGCCUGGAUGCACCUGCUGGCCGCCCGCGCCGCCCGCGCCCGCCCGGCCUCGGUGGGCGGCGAAUUUUUCUUCUGCUACGACGCGUCUCCGUGGGCGCCCUACGAGGAGUUCAACCUCCUCCUGCUGGGCCCCGCCGGCAUCUCGGGGGGUCCCCGGGUGCCCCCCAAACUCUCGGCGCUGCUGGCCUGGUUCAACGGGGUCCUCAGGGCCGUUUUGGGGCGUUUCGGGGUGUUUUUCGCGCCGCUGCUGAACCCCUACACGUGGGCGGUGGCGUCCACCCCGUUCAGCGUCCGCACGGCCAAGGCCGAGAGGGAGUUGGGCUACCGGCCGCUCUUCUCCUGGGAGGAGGCGCGGGAGAGGACGGCGGGGUGGCUGAGGCAGCUGGAUGGGGCGUGAAGGGGUUAAAAACGGGAGGAAACGGGG